AUGUCUCACGCCCUCAAGUCCUCGCUGCGAGCCCCAGAGGGCAAGUGGACGGCCACCAACGAGCGCCGGCCAUCCACCAACUUCUCGCCGGACCUCACGGUGCAGCUGACCUAUGCGGAGGUGCCCAAUGAGGAGGGGAGCCCCCCUCUAGAGUUCCUCAUCUUCAAUAUCCAGCACUUCCUCUACGUCUGCUACCCCCAGACGCUCGAUCGGGAGCCGCUGCGCGUCAUCGACCUGCGCCAGGCGGGCGGCAGCGGCGGGCUGGCCUACCCCACCUGCCACGCCCACACCUCGGCCGCCAAGGAUGAGUUUGAUCUGGCGGUGGGGCUGUCUACUGGAGAGGUGGUGCUGCUGUCGCUGCGGGCGCAGCUCAAGGCGCCCGCCUCCAACACCCGCCCCUCGCCCUCCAUGUGCCUCAACGUGGAUGGCUCUGCCGGCUCAGCCACCCGCUGCAUGUCGCUGGCCUGGGUGCCCGGCAGCGAGGGCACCGCGUUUGUGGCGGCGCACCGGGACGGAGCGGUUGUGGGCAGCAGCAGCGACACGAAGCUGCUGGCGCGCACCAGCAGCAGCCACGCGCUGCGGCCCCCCGUCACGCAGCUGCAGGGCCCCGGCGGCGGCGGCGGCGCGGCAGCGGCGGCGGUGUCGCCCGAUGGGCACCACGUGGCGGUGGCGUGCAGGGACGGCGUGCUGCGCGUGUACUCCCAGCCGGGCGGCGGGCUAGUGGGAGGCUUCAAGAGCUACUACGGCGGCAUGCUGUGCUGCUGCUGGAGCCCCGACGGGCGGUACGUGGCCGCAGGGGGCGAGGACGACCUGCUGGCUGUCUACGGCCUGGCAGAGCGGUGCGUGGUGGCCUGCUGCCAGGGCCACAGCUCCUGGGUCAGCAGCAUCUCGUUUGACCCCUGGAUGUGCCACACAGAGGAUAGGGACCCGCAGCCGCAAGAUGGCGAGGGUCAGCAGCAGCAGCAGCAGCAGCAGCAGGAGCAGCAGCAGCAGGAGGCUGGGGCCAGCCUGGCGCUGGGGCCUGGGGCCGGCGGCGGCGACCGUGUGUACCGCCUGGCCUCGGCGGGGCACGACUGCCAGCUGGCGCUGUGGGACGUAGUGGUGAGCGAGGAGGCGGUGGCGGCGGCGCAGCAGGCCAACAGCGCCAACAGCUCCCUCGAUCGAGAGCGCCCCGGCCUGCCGCCCUCGCCUGGAAAGCGGCGCGGCGGCAGCCGCAGCUCCAGCCCCAUGAAGCGAGGCGGCCUGGCAGCCAGCUUCCGCCAGCGCAGCGGCAUCCCCGGCGGGGGCGACCCCGGGGCGCUGCCGGCGGCGCUGCCCACCGGCCUCAUCGCGCCGCCGCUCCCGCGCGCCGACUGGCCGCUGGUCACGCCGGCGGCGCAAGCCAGGGUGCAUCCGGAGCCCGCCUGCUCGGUGCUGUUCACCCCCUCGGCCCUCUUCACCGCCUGCCACGGCAGCUGCGUACGGCGGUGGGGGCGGCCUCCGCUGACGCAGCAGGCGGUGGUGCGACGCAACGACUCGCUGCACAGCCUGCAGAGCGUGGACAGGCGGGCUGACAGCCGCUAG